AUGAAAAAAAUCCAAGAAAGUUCCAAGUUGAUACUAUUCGAUUACUACUUAUUAUUAUUAUUAUUAUUAUUAUUAUUAUUAUUAUUAUUAUUAUUAUUAUUAUUAUUAUUAUUAUUAUUAUUAUUAUUAUUAUUAUUAUUAUUAUUAUUAUUAUUAUUAUUAUUAUUAUUAUUAUUAUUAUUAGCAGCAUUAAGGGCGAAAUCAACGAGCGGAGGCGGUUUGGAUGCUAAUAAGGCCGACGACCUCCUCCUUCAGGGACCAUUUGCUGGUGGUGGCAGCAAAACGAAGAGCACGAGAAGCGAACGAACGAGAGACUAA